AGGGGAGCUAUAAAGUUGUGAGAGCCCAGCUCAGGUAAGACUUCCACUUAUAUCUCUCCUCUCUGUGUCACACAUAGAGCAAUCACUAUGGCAGUCUCCAGCCUCCAAUACACCAUGGGAAUCUCCAGUGGAUUUAAAGUCUAUAUCCUGGAAGGGCAGCACAAUUCCCGGGAUACAGAAAGGCUCCGUCCCCUGAAUAACCAUGGGAUCCCAGUUUAUCCAAUCAAACGCAAGCUCAGCCCGGACCCACCACAGAUUUCCAAGAGAAUGUGCCCUGUCAGCCCACCCAGCAGGGUAAAGGUAACCCUUCCUCCUAUGAAUCUAAAGGCCCAAGCUGGAGCCCCUCCACUAAAGAACUGCGGCCCCCAUUUAACCUUGGAGCAUGUCCUCAGAAGGCUAAUGCCAGCACAGAGACACUUGGAGAGGUCUGAGCCUGCUACCAGCCCAGAAGAACAGCCACUGGCACUGGUGAAAAGGGUAGAGAAACCCAGCGAGACAGCACAGCUCUCCCCAGCCCUCCUGCAGCAGAUGCGACCAUCUGUCAUCACUUGUGUCUCCAGACAAAAGCCACUGGUCCCACUUCCUACAGAAGCAGCAAAUCUUUCAAGGGCCUGUGCAACUAAAGGUCUAUGCAAGACCCCGUUGUUAGAUGUCGAAGAACACUUCCAGAGAAGCCUGGCCCACAAGUGCCCGAUGGUUUCCCGUCCAACUCCAACAUCCCCAUUCAGCAGCAUCUCCGUCGAGGACCAUUUCUCCAAAACUCUGGGCUCCAAGUGGCCGUUAAUCCGAGCGGCUGCCGACUCUCCCUCUUCCACGGAAGGGCAGAGCCGAAGGCGUGUCUAGGCUUUCUCUGUCCAGAAGGCAGGCCCGGACUGGCAAUCUGUGGGCUGCCAUAGAAAGUCACUAUUUAGUGGGCUGGUGGGGGCUGUUUGGGCCUCUGUGUGGGCUGAUUGGGCCUCUGUGUAAAUGAAAUGUCAGGGCCUAUUUUAAUUCUCAGUCCGGACCUGCCAGAAGGAUUGUAAAUCAACUUGUACAGUGUAAAUAUAUUUAUUUGGUUGGGUCGAGGCAUCUGUUUUGUGGUGUUUGAUGGGGCCAAUGUUUGUACAAAAGAAAAUUCUAUACCUCAGUCAUUUCAAUAAAUGGAAGAAAGUGA